AGUGCGCCCCCCCAUCCCCAUCAUGAUUGUGCCCUAGGCGGGCGCCUACUCUGCCUACCCCUAGUUCCCAUCAGCCAUUAGACGCAUAAUAACGCGCAUAAUAUCGCACAUAAUAACGCACAGCUGGGAAACAAUAGCGGCUUCUCUGCCUCCGGAACACUAUCCCCUUCCGCUGAGUCGCUGUGCCAUUCAGAAGGUUCGUCUCUCCGUUAGAGGCGGUUCAAUAUGACCUAAUGCAUCGAGAGGUGGGAGGAGCCACGUGAAGUUCGGUGUAAGGGGCGGGGCUGUGGAUUUUUGCCGCGUAGUAAAUCACGGAGACGAGACAGGGCUGAGCAGCAAGAGGAUGAUUAUGAAGGGCCCAGCAUAACAAUGCAGUUAUUGUGAAUGGCAUAUCCUCGUUUCACCUCUGCCCCAUCCCCUUGAUCCCUUUCUCCUCCUUCACUUUCCCCCGCUGCUGCUGCUGCACUGCCAGUGAGAGUCGGGGAGGAAGAGAGUAGAUGAGGGAUGAUGAGGUCAUCCUUCUCCCUUUUCCUGGAGGAGAGAGAGGAAAGUGGGAGGGCUUGUGCUGAGCUCCACGCUCUGUGGCUGCAGGGUGAGGUUGGGAGGCGGAGCUACGCCUGGCCCCGCCCACCUUCUGGUCAAUCACACAGAGCAGGGAGGGUAGGGGGAGGCAGAGGAGGGAACACGAUAGGAACGCUGUCUCAUAAAGGAGGGAUUUUCUCGCUUUUCACCCUUUUGUAUCAGUUCCUCAUUUAUUUCCCCUUUUUUUUUUUUUUUCCCUGUUGUUGAUCAUCAUGGCCGCUAAGUCAGACGGGACGCUGAAGAUGAAGAAGAGCGACGUUGCUUUCACCCCGUUGCAGAACUCGGAUCACUCGGGCUCGGCGCAAGGUUUGGCGACAGGAUCUCAGCCGGGAUCUGCUACCGGGGACGGAGGCUGCUCGGACGGGAGCUCCCGGUGUUGCUGCAGUGGCGGCAGAGUUGCAGGCGGAGGAGUCGCGGGUGCGUCGUCCUCGCUGUGUCUGCGACUGGGCAGGGAGCAGCGGAGAUACACGGUGUGGGAUUGCCUAUGGAUCCUGGCCGCGGUGGCCGUCUACUUUGCAGACGUGGGGAGUGACAUUUGGCUUUCAGUCGACUACUAUCUGCGGGGCCAGCGCUGGUGGUUCGGCUUGACCUUGUUCUUUGUGGUGCUGGGCUCGCUCUCUGUGCAGCUUUUCAGCUUCAGGUGGUUUGCGCACGAUUUCAGCACCGAGAACAGCUCCCAAUGCAAUCCCAUAGAGAGCAAGGCGGCCGCUGCUUCUGCUGCAGCUUGUGAGGGGGAUGCGCGACCCUCCACUCCACAGAGACAGGCUUCCACCACCAGCAGCAGCUGCAAACCCAACAACACCGCCACCAACACCGGCACUAACACCGGCACCAGCACCAACAGGGCGAACAGCAGGGACAGGUCUUCCUCCUGCUCCUUCUGCAUCUGGAUCAUGCAGUCACUCAUCCAUAUCCUGCAGCUUGGACAGAUCUGCAGGUAUUUUCAUACUAUCUACUUGGGAAUUCGGAGUAGACGAAGUGGAGAGAAUGACAGGUGGCGGCUCUAUUGGAAGAUGGUAUAUGAAUAUGCAGAUGUCAGCAUGCUGCACUUGCUGGCCACAUUCCUGGAAAGCGCUCCUCAACUGGUCCUUCAGCUGUGCAUCGUGGUGCAGACGCGCAGCUUACAGGCUCUUCAAGGUCUCACUGCAGCUGCAUCUCUUGUAUCCUUGGCCUGGGCCCUUGCAUCUUAUCAGAAAGCAUUACGCGAUUCCCGAGAUGACAAGAAACCGAUCAGUUACAUGGCUGUUAUUAUCCAGUUUUGCUGGCAUUUCUUUACCAUUGCAGCAAGAGUGAUAACAUUUGCUCUUUUUGCUUCUGUUUUCCAACUCUACUUUGGAAUAUUCAUCGUCCUUCACUGGUGCAUCAUGACCUUCUGGAUUGUCCAUUGUGAGACCGAAUUCUGUAUCACGAAGUGGGAGGAGAUUGUGUUUGAUAUGGUUGUUGGAAUUAUCUAUAUAUUUAGUUGGUUUAACGUCAAGGAAGGAAGGACACGGUGCAGGCUGUUUAUAUAUUAUUUUGUCAUUCUCAUUGAAAACACUGCCUUGAGUACCCUUUGGUACCUGUACAAGGCCCCCCAAAUCUUGGAUGCGUUUGCUAUCCCAGCACUAUGUGUAGUGUUUAGUAGCUUUUUAACAGGUAUUGUUUUUAUGUUGAUGUACUAUGCCUUCUUUCAUCCCAAUGGACCUAGAUUUGGGCAAUCACCAAGCUGUGUUUGUGAAGACACUGUAACUGCCUUUCCUUUGCCUCCUGAAGGGGCCUCAAACACUCUUAGGUCAAUGUCCAACAACCGUAGUGUGGCCAGUGAUCGAGAUCAGAAAUUUACUGAAAGAGACGGUUGUGUGCCAAUCUUUCAGGUAAGGCCUACAGCUCCAUCUACACCAUCAUCAAGGCCACCAAGGAUUGAAGAAUCAGUUAUUAAAAUUGACCUGUUUAGAAACAGGUAUCCAGCCUGGGAGAGGCAUGUGUUGGAUAGAAGCCUGCGCAAGGCAAUUUUAGCUUUUGAAUGUUCUCCUUCUCCUCCCCGGCUUCAAUAUAAAGACGAUGCGCUUAUCCAGGAACGUCUGGAAUAUGAAACCACAUUGUAACAGAAAAAGUACAAAAGACUUUCAAGAGCUGCAACUUUAUGUUGAAUAUCAGCAGAUUAGUGGCAAUAACUAAACUGCGUAAUUCCUACAGAAACUGGUCGAUAAGCCAUGACUUCCAGGGUCACGGCGGAGAAUUUAAAGGUGGCUAUUCAUCAUGAUUAUCAUUCUUUCUACUACUGAAAGCUGUCUGAAGAAUAAGCACAGUUUCUGCCGUUUCUGUUAUCUUCUAUAAGGAAAUUAAAUGAAAAUAUCACAUUUAAUGGGGUGAUGCCUAGUACUGGAAACUGUCACUCGAAAGCCACCAUGUAUUCAGGAAAUGCAAAUAUGAAGGUGGCAAACCUUCAUUCAGUCUCCAAAUUGCUUUUAAACUACCAAAGUUGUGAGGGCUCAUUUAGUGUAAUACUUUGCAGAACUUUUCUAGCUCACAUUUUUUAUCCGGAUAAACCUAUAAAGCAAAAAAAUUAAACAGAAAUCCACUCAACAUCUUUUAUGAAUUCAGUUUAUUUUUUAAUAUCUACAUUUUAUUUUCUAUGCUAGGAAUAAGUACAAGUCAAAGUCAGUUCUAGAUCACGAAAACCAAAUAUGGCACAAUUGAUGAUUAAAUCCAGGUUUUAUUUUUCUAUAGUUAUCCUCUUCCUUUUUUGUAUGUGUAAAUUGUAUAUAGCCAGCAGCCACUCGUUUUUGCUAACUUGGUUAAAUAGCACUAAAAACCAUUGCAGUCAUACUGUAUUCCACCUUAAGUUCCUCCGGCUUUAGAGAUUCAGCAGAUGUAGUAUGAAGUGGUUUGAAAGUCUAGUGGCAGCAACCAUAUAUAUGUGCAUUCAAGAGACAGAGUGAAUGAUGCAAUAGCACUGAAAGAAAGGAAAAAUGAUAAUCAUGAUGACAUGUCCGGUCAGCAAAAAAUAUUCCGAGGGACUUUUAAGGAAAUAAGCAAUUAGUUAUCUGUAUAAAUAAAGGAGAUGAGAUUCAGGACAAUAAAUGCAUGGCUCAAAGUGACUUUUUACAGGUAUGAUAGAAAACAAAUUCCAUACCCUUCUAGUGCCAAACAUAACAUAUUGGUCAUGAUUGCUCUUGUUGCCUGAGAAACACAGAUUAAUGUGGUAUGACGAGCCAUGCAAGAGUAUGAAGCAAGAAGGAAAUGUACAGACAGCUUUUUUUUUAUAUCUAUACCCUAAGUAAAAUGAUGUUUCUUUUAGCGGCCCUUGGGCUGUCUAUUAGUAUGUAUACACAGUGCCGUAGAAUAAACGACAACAUUUGUGGAAUACCA